AUGCUGGCGACGGAGGGUGAGGUUGGGAAAAUUUACGUUGUGGACGCCGCCACGUCGCGGCGGUACCGCGUGGCCGUGGCGCUGCAGCCUGGCAACCGCUGCAUGACACGUGUGACCGCGCGGGAUCUGCAGGGCGAGCUUGAGCGUCUGUGCGGCCUCACGGAGUUUUCGCUGCAGCUGGACGGGCUGCCGGUCGCGCCGGAGAUGGUGUUGCCGGCGAGUGUCGUGCUGGUCGUGACACCUACUGGCGGGGCGUGCAGCGUGGCAGAGACGGCGCGGCACAUCGUCAAUCGGGAGUCGGACCUUGCGUAUCAUCAGGCGACGCCUGCUGCAGCGGCAGAAGUGCGGGCGAAAGAGGCGCUCUGCUGCGGCGACACACUCCCAUCGACUCCUCCUACAAAGACGCAUGUGGAACGCAUUAACGACCACGUCGCUCCCGUCACGGGGGGAACGCUGCAGCCGGGGGAGGAGGCGGAUUGUCGCCCUCUCACAAGUGCGGAGGUGCGUACGCUCACAGAGGUCAAGGCUGCAUACGCACGGCUCCAGAGUGAGGUGCUCGCUGCCGCCGCGCGGCGGCAGCGGGAGCGAGAGCAGAAGCAGCAGCAGGACCAGCAACGUGCUUCCCAGCAGCUUGCACAGCUUCAGCAGCACCUGGGAGAGUGCCAAGCGAGCCUCCAAGGUGUGCGCGAGGAGCUUUCUGCUGCGCGUGAGGCUCACGCGCAAGUGGAGCAGCGCUUGUCGGACACAGGGAGGCAAGCUGACGCCGCAAGCACUAACGCCGCAGCUGCGACGCGUCGAUUAGAUACGGCCAAAGAGCGGAUCAUGCACCUGCUUGCCUCGCUACCGCGUCACACACAUCAAAUGCGUGGAACAACCGAAGAUGACAUCGAUGACGAGACACUGGUGCAGCGGCUUAUUUCUUCCUCGGCCCAUCGUCAGCGAUCUCUACUACGUCUCCAAGAGUUGGUUCAUGAGAGAGCAUGCGCCCAAUCACAGCUGCAGCGUCUGGAGCAACAGCAGCGGCGCCUCCGGUAUGAUGUGGAGGAGCACAAAGGCGCUGUGCGGGUCGUGGUUCGCAUGCGGCCACGCGUGGCCGAGGAGGCAUCGUUGGGCCGCGAACUAAUAGAGGAGGGUGACGUUGCUCUCGACGAGAAACAUGGAACCAUUACUGUGACGUCCCCCUCCACUGGGAAGCGUGCUUUUGAGUUCUUCUCUGCCUACGGGCCAGCGUCUGACAGCGGUGAUGCAUGCGCGGAGAGUGAGCGGCAACAGCAGUGUAUCUUUGAUGAGCAGGUGCAGCCCCUGCUAGAGCUGUGUGUGGCCGGGACUAAUGCCACCAUCUUAGCGUACGGUCCCACCGGCAGCGGAAAGACGUUCACGAUUGUUGGCCGAGACGGCGUCUUGAGCGACACAGGCGACUGCGACAGCGACGGGCUGCUGCCACGCAGUGUUCGUUGGCUAACUAACAAACUACAGCAAGGUGAAUGCUGGCGAAUUCUCUCAUUGCACUUGUCGGUGGUAGAGCUAUACAACGACCGCAUCUUUGACCUCUUGGCGACGCCCACGGAGGUGACGAAAAAGUGCCUUGAUUGCCGAACGCACGCGACCACGUCGGAACCACCCUCGACUCGAGUAGCCAUCACUGACUGGGCGUGUGCGGUGCGCGCCUUUAAUCAUGGAAUGAAUCUUCGAGAGACACACACGACCUUCCGCAAUGCGGCAUCAAGUCGAAGCCAUCUGUUUGCUACAUUUUGGAUACAGUCAGAAGCUGCCAUUGAUGGCUGUCCGAUCAACUCUAAGCUCAUGUUCUGCGACUUGGCUGGGAGCGAGCGUGUGUCACAAUCACUUGCCAGUGGGGAGCGGCUGAGGGAAGCGCAAUACAUCAACAAGAGCCUCUCCGCCAUUGGCGAUGUCCUGUGUGCCCUCACUUCAGCAAACGCGGGUGCUGCCCCACCCCACGUGCCGUAUCGAAACAAUAAGGUCACGCAGAUGCUACAAGGCUCGAUGGGCGGAGACGCAAAAACGCUACUUGUGGCCUGCAUAUCCCCUCAUACGCCUCGGAUAACGAAAAUAUCAGAAACACUGUCAACGCUGCAGUUUGCAAGCCGUGCGAAACGGGUCUACAACAAAAUGCAGCCACCACAAGGCACCAAUGCGAUUCUAAUGGAUAAUUUUGCAUAG